CGCGGCCCGGGCCGACUGACAAAAGAAAGCAGGAAGGAAGGAAGGAAGCGAGGAGGAGCUGACCCCGCAGCCGCUGACAGGGCUCCGGGCUGGGGGCAAAGCGCGGACACUUCCCGAGCCGCACGGAGCAGAGGCGAGGGGCGGAGGGCGGCCGCGCCGCCGGUGCCGCGGCCGGGGAAGGGGGCCCCGGAGAGACGGAAGCGGUUGCCCGGUUCCCAUGUCCCCAGCGUAUGGGGAGCAAUCGUGGAGCCGCUGCCUGGGGUCUGAAGGGAGCUGCCUUCGCCACCGCCGCCGCCAUGGGCCCUGGAUCCAGCCGCCGCCUGCAGCUGCUCCUGGCGCAAUGAGGAGCGGAGUCGCCGCCGCCACCGUCGCCACCACCACCGUCGCCACCGCCCGCCCCUGACGGACUCGCGACUCCGCCGCCCUCCGGCUCGCCGGGCCCUCGCCGUCACCCGCCGGAUCCCGCCGCUGCCCGAUCCGCAGCGCUGCCCGUCGCAUCUCGGAGCCACCUCCUCCCUCCCUCCCUCCCUCCCGCCCGCCCUCUUUCCCAUCCCCCUUCUCUCCAAGCGUGAGACUCGUGAUCCUUCCGCCGCUCUCCUUCUUCAUUGACUCGGGGAAAAAAAAAAUCCCCGAGGAAAAUAGAAUAUUCAAAGUACUUUCAAUCAACUGUUUGACCUUUCCUUUCACGGGAUAUAUAUAUGUGUGUAUAUAUAUGUAAUGUAUAUAUAUAUAUACAUAUACAUCUAUUUUUAAAGGACCCUUUUACUCCCUUCUCAGGAAAGGGAGGUGAAAGAAUUGUAUUCCCCACCCCCCUCAGUCCCAAAUCAUCUAUAUGUUAAAUAUCCGUACCGGUCUGUCUCGAAGGAGAAAUACAACCCUUUGCUUUUUUCAAAAAGAACAAUAUAGCUAUUACAGAAGCCAAGAAGACGAAGUCUUUUUUGUUUGCCUUUUUCUUUUUUCUUGUGGGAGAAACUUAAUGCUGCAUUUAUCAUUAACCUAACACUCCAACAUAAAACAAAAGGAAGAAAAAGGAAGGAAGGAAAAAGGUAAUUGGGAAGAGCAAUCAUGUCGGGGCGACCGAGAACCACCUCCUUUGCGGAGAGCUGCAAGCCAGUGCAGCAGCCUUCAGCUUUUGGCAGCAUGAAAGUUAGCAGAGAUAAAGAUGGCAGCAAAGUGACCACAGUGGUGGCAACUCCUGGGCAGGGUCCAGACAGGCCACAAGAAGUCAGCUAUACAGAUACUAAAGUGAUUGGAAAUGGAUCAUUUGGUGUGGUGUAUCAAGCCAAACUGUGUGAUUCAGGAGAACUGGUUGCCAUCAAAAAAGUAUUGCAGGACAAGAGAUUUAAGAAUCGAGAGCUCCAAAUCAUGAGAAAGCUAGAUCACUGUAACAUAGUCCGAUUGCGUUAUUUCUUCUACUCAAGCGGUGAGAAGAAAGAUGAGGUCUACCUUAACUUGGUGCUGGACUAUGUUCCAGAAACAGUAUACAGAGUUGCCAGACACUAUAGUCGAGCCAAACAGACACUCCCUGUGAUCUAUGUCAAGUUGUAUAUGUAUCAGCUGUUCAGAAGUUUAGCCUAUAUCCAUUCCUUUGGAAUCUGCCAUCGGGAUAUUAAACCACAGAACCUCUUGUUGGAUCCUGAUACAGCUGUCUUAAAACUCUGUGACUUUGGAAGUGCAAAGCAGCUGGUCCGAGGAGAACCCAAUGUUUCAUAUAUCUGUUCUCGGUACUAUAGGGCACCAGAGUUGAUCUUUGGAGCCACUGAUUAUACCUCUAGUAUAGACGUAUGGUCUGCAGGCUGUGUAUUGGCUGAACUAUUGCUAGGACAACCAAUAUUUCCAGGAGAUAGUGGUGUGGAUCAGUUGGUGGAAAUAAUCAAGGUCCUAGGAACACCAACAAGGGAGCAAAUUAGAGAAAUGAACCCAAACUACACAGAAUUCAAAUUCCCUCAAAUUAAGGCACAUCCUUGGACAAAGGUCUUCCGACCCCGAACUCCACCAGAGGCAAUUGCACUAUGUAGCCGUCUCCUGGAGUAUACACCAACUGCCCGACUAACACCACUAGAAGCUUGUGCACAUUCAUUUUUUGAUGAAUUACGGGACCCAAAUGUCAAACUACCAAAUGGGCGAGACACACCUGCUCUCUUUAACUUCACCACCCAAGAACUGUCAAGUAAUCCACCUCUGGCUACCGUCCUUAUUCCUCCUCAUGCUCGGAUUCAAGCAGCUGCUUCAACCCCUACAAAUGCCACAGCAGCCUCAGAUGCUAAUGCUGGAGACCGUGGACAGACCAAUAAUGCCGCUUCUGCAUCAGCUUCCAACUCCACCUGAACAGUCCCAAGUAGCCAGCUGCACAGGAAAAACCACCAGUUACUUGAGUGUCACUCAGCAACACUGGUCACGUUUGGAAAGAAAAUUAAAAAGAGAAAAAAAACCUGUUCAUUUUAGUGUUCAAUUUUUUAUUAUUGUUCUUAUUUAACCUUGUAAAAUACCUAUAAAUACAAACCAAUUUCAUUGUAUUCUCACUUUGCAGGAGAUCCAGGGGGUGGAAGGGCUGAUGGGAGGGGGAAAGCGGAGCACUAGAACACACCAUCUCUCUCCCGUGACAAUCUAUUUUUUUUUUUAAGUCAAAAGUCUGCUGUUGUAUAUUUACAAACGGGACUCCUGCUUCAUGCCCCUUCCAAAAAAGAAGAAAACCUUGUUCUGUGCUGAAGUUUUUGAACUUUUCUUUUCUUUUAAAAUCUAGCAUAAGACUUCGGUAUAGUGCACAACUUGAAAUUGGUUGGGAGCUUGGCAGGUAUAAGUCAACAGGGACUUAAAUGUCACUUGUAAAACUAAUCCAUAUUCUUGGUAUUUGAAGACUUGCCUUUGGCAUAUGGUGGCAGGUAUGGCAGGUGGGCAAAAAUAAAAAAACAAAAAAAGGAUACAUGUAACCCAGGGAGGUUAAUAAAGUUUGAAACUACAAGAGAAGUUUGUAAGGUGAUGGGUUAAGGUUUGUUUACAUCUUAACCAGUGCUAGUGGUGGAGUAGCUGGUAAAGGCUUAAAGGCUGCCAACAGAGAAGCAGCAUGCAGAACUCUGCAAAUGGAUCUUUGUUUGCCUGAGCAAAGGCUUUCUGCAGGUCUUAAAGUUUUUAACUGGUUCCCUAGGAAGAGAAUGGGGAGUGUUGAGCAAGACAUCUGCAUGCAGGGCCAGAGGCUGAUAGGCCGGCCUAUGGCAGGGGCCAGGGCCAGGCCCAGGGCAGCUCUCACCACCGCGAACGAAUUUGUCCAGAGCUUUGUCUAAAGUUACUUCCCUUGGAAAGAUACACUUGAGAAGAGGACAUUAUAGGUAAAUAAUGUGAAUUGUAACCGUCUACUGCUUUAUUUUUUUCGUAUUUUGAACUGAAAAUCAAGCUUGCGGGAAUUGCCACAUUCUAUUAUAGUUUUAAUUUUAAAUCCGAAUCUAGAAUCUAUUUAAUUUCAGCUUUUUUAAACUCAUGCUUUUUAAAUUUAUUUAUUGAUGCAUGUCAGAUAGGCCAUGAUUUUAGAUGGUAGGAAUAUUAAAAAAUACACAGCAAAAUGAUAAACAGUCACCUGUACCUGCUGACUUUAUAGGAAAACUAAUUCUAUAAAUGUGUGUAUAUGUUAUAUAUACAUAUAUUCAAUACUGCCUUUUUGUUUCUGUCUACAGUAUCAAAAUUGACUGGUUGAAGCAUGAGACGAAUGUUUCCCCUAUACCACAGUUCAGAAUUUUUGUUUCUGUUUUCUUUGUUAAUCAGUGAAUGGUGUAAGAAUCAGUCUCUUGUUUUUGAAGAAAAAGCAAUAUUCCUUGGAAAGCAAGGAGGAUUGAAGGAUUAUGUUUGCAGUGAGGAAAUAGAUUUUCAUAACUAGCUUGGUUUUCUUUUUUAAUACUUUUCAGAUCGGUAUCUUCAUGGGCCUUAUAUACUCCAAAAUGAACCUUAGUCACCUUGGUGCUUAUGGGCCAUUACUUGACCUAUGAAUCUUUAAGGCACAAUCAGUUAGAUCUUACAUUUAAAGAUCACUUGAGUGAUGGCCGCCUUUCCUUCCCACCCAGUCCUUCCCCACACUUCUCCUUGGCGAGAUGAUAACUGUAGGGCUUCAGAGCUGAGCCCUAGGUUGUAUGUAGCCUCCUUUCACCCUUCAAUUGCCACCUUAGGUAUUGGUAGGGGUCUUGUCCUCUGGUUGGUUAGGAAGUGGAGUCUCCUGGCAGCCCUCACACAGGCCCCAGCACCCUAUCCUGCUUAACCAGUUGUGUGACUCCUCAAGAGUCAUACUGCCUGCUGAUACCCAGAAGGACAACUGUGAGCCAUCUUAAUUUUCACUCACUGUUUUGCUAAGCUCUUUGGGUCACAAAAGUGGUUUCUCAAACCUCUGGUUAUAUCAGAGUUUGUGAGAAAGGAAACUUCAGUCAAACCAAAUCCAACUGAACUUUCCUUUUUAAAAUAAAAAGUGCUUCUACAAGUUAAUUAAGAUUUGAAAUUAAAAGUUACUUAGCAGCAGGGGAUGACCUGGUAGACCAUUUUCAGAAAGGAUUUAUAAAGAAUCUGAACAAGUAGGUCCAUGACAGAAGUGGACCGGCUUUCAGAUCAAACUGCCCAGCCUGACAUUCGGGUACAAACACUAAGCUGGACUUGGGGUACUUGCUUGAGUCCAGAAAGAUCAAUGCUUGUUGUAAGAGAAUACUUUCCCCCUACAAAUGGGAGGGAGAGAAGAGGAGAGGAAAGUCAGAUGCUUUUCUCUCAGUGUGUGUGUUUGGGUGUGUUUGCACGUAUGUGUGUGCAUUCACAUGCAUGUGUGAAGGCUGAGGUGCACAAUUUUUCUUUCUCAAGGAUUAUGGCAGGAUCAUAGUACUCUUUUAUACAAGUGAGAUCCAGGUCUCUGAAUAUCUUUGUGUAAAUAUUAAUAAUAAUAAUAAUAAUUAAAAGCUCCUCACCAAAUUCAAGCUUGUACAUUAUAUUUUCUUUCAAUGUUUUUAAAUUUAAGUUUUAUUGUUUUGUAUGUAAAUAUAUGGACCCAGGAACUGUUAUUAAUGAGCAAAAAGUUACUGUUCAGGGCAGUGAUUCUGUUUAAUAAUCAGACAAAAUGUAGACGAGCUUUUUAAAGCCAUAUAGUUUUAACUCUGUACAGUAGGUACCGGCCUGUAUUAUUGUAACAAUAACUCUAGCAAUGUAUAGUGUAUCUAUAUAGUUUGGAGUGCCUUCGCUUCCAUGUGUUUAGUUUUUUGUUUUGUUUUCAUUUGUAACAUUUUCAUUGAUUUCCUUUAUCCAUGUCACCCUGUCCAUCUCCUUUCCCUUUGAAAUAACAAUAUCUACCCCUCCAGAUAUGUUUCAGUGACAGCAUGCUCAGGAGUGGGAAGAGGAAAACAUGUUCGUAAUCUCAUUCAAGCCUGGCCUUUGUUUUGGUUUCAUUUCGUGCACAGUCCAUUCCGGGACUCAUUGUAGCACAGGUAGCCCUAGUGCUGAAGGGUAUAGAAUAGAUUCGAUCAUACUCAUCUGUUCCACAAGCCCUAACCCUGGGUCUGAGGAACAACAGAUUUCUGAGAGCCUUCUGUCAUGGCUUUCUUCGUAAGUACUUCCUUCCCAAAUGAGAGCAAGGGGGGAAAAAGGUAGGUUUUGUUUUUUGUUUUAAACAAAUCGAGGUAUUUCAGUAGUUUUUUUUUUUUUUUUUCCAUCAGCGAUGUACUUGCUGUCAUGUAGUUGUUGGUAGUUACUGGCUCCAUGCUGAUGGAGGGUAUUGUCCAACAAGGGAACUCUCCACACAUCCCCUCCAUCCUGCCAUCUUUACCCCUACUCCAUGAAAUGUCAUUUUAAUUUCUUUCUUAGAAAAGUUUUGUUCUUAUUGUGUGCCCAAAAUGAAGGCCUUUUUUUAUUUUUAA